UCCAGUUUGCUGACCAGAAGCAGGAAUUCAACAAGCGUCCUACCAAAAUUGGACGUCGCUCUCUGUCUCGUUCCAUCUCUCAGUCAUCUACUGACAGUUAUAGCUCAGCUGCUUCAUAUACAGAUAGCUCUGAUGAUGAGACAUCCCCCCGGGACAAGCAGCAAAAGAACUCUAAAGGAAGUAGUGACUUCUGUGUCAAGAACAUCAAACAGGCAGAGUUUGGACGCAGAGAAAUUGAAAUUGCUGAACAAGAGAUGCCUGCCCUGAUGGCCUUAAGGAAGAGAGCCCAAGGAGAAAAGCCUUUGGCUGGAGCCAAAAUUGUGGGUUGUACACACAUCACUGCGCAGACCGCUGCUUGUUUAUCGCCGCAUUCUUUAACACAGGUGCUUAUGGAAACUCUGGGCGCUCUGGGAGCGCAAUGCCGAUGGGCUGCCUGUAACAUCUACUCCACUCUCAACGAAGUGGCUGCAGCUCUGGCAGAAAGUGGGUUUCCUGUCUUUGCCUGGAAAGGAGAGUCAGAGGAUGACUUUUGGUGGUGCAUUGACAGAUGUGUGAAUGUGGAGGGCUGGCAGCCAAACAUGAUCCUGGAUGAUGGAGGAGAUCUCACGCACUGGAUUUAUAAAAAGUACCCCAACAUGUUUAAGAAAAUCAAAGGCAUAGUGGAGGAGAGUGUUACUGGAGUUCACAGGCUGUACCAACUGUCCAAAGCUGGGAAGCUGUGUGUUCCAGCCAUGAACGUCAAUGACUCAGUCACUAAACAGAAAUUUGAUAACCUCUACUGUUGCCGUGAAUCUAUUCUUGAUGGACUUAAAAGGACAACAGAUAUGAUGUUUGGUGGAAAGCAAGUAGUGGUCUGUGGCUAUGGAGAGGUGGGAAAGGGGUGCUGUGCUGCUCUGAAAGCCAUGGGUUCCAUUGUGUAUGUGACUGAGAUUGACCCCAUCUGUGCCCUGCAAGCCUGUAUGGAUGGAUUUCGACUAGUGAAAUUAAAUGAGGUCAUCCGACAAGUGGACAUUGUUAUUACUUGUACAGGUAACAAGAAUGUGGUAACCAGAGAGCACUUGGACCGUAUGAAGAAUAGCUGUAUCGUUUGUAACAUGGGACAUUCCAACACUGAGAUUGAUGUGGCGAGCCUGCGGACACCUGAACUGACCUGGGAGAGAGUAAGGUCCCAAGUUGACCAUGUGAUAUGGCCUGAUGGCAAGAGGAUAGUACUGCUGGCAGAGGGCCGUCUGUUGAACCUAAGCUGCUCCACAGUGCCUACCUUUGUGCUCUCAAUCACUGCUACCACUCAGGCUCUCGCCUUGAUAGAACUUUACAAUGCUCCUGAGGGUCGCUAUAAGCAAGAUGUGUACCUGCUGCCCAAGAAAAUGGAUGAGUACGUGGCAAGCCUACACCUGCCCACCUUUGAUGCCCACCUGACAGAGCUGACAGACGAACAGGCCAAGUAUCUGGGACUCAACAAGAACGGGCCCUUCAAGCCUAAUUACUACAGGUAUUAAGUUCCUGUAAUGCAAGCCAGAAGACGUUUUAAAGAAUAGAACCAAGCCUUUUCUCCACUACUAUCCAAGGAGGAACCCAGCAAGCUGCUUCUCCAAUCAGAGCUGCCCGCCGUGCUCAUCCUAUGUGUUAGGUUAUUUAUUUAUUAAAAUCUAGCAUCCUGUGCCUGUAGCCUUGGCCCAGAGUGUGGUUACUACUCCUGGGGCCUUGAGAGCCGCAGAGGACAGGCUGAGGAAGAAAAGAAAUGGGCAGUCAUUCCUAGUGCACCAUUCGCAUCGUUGCCCAUUGAUGGAACCCUCGGUGACAGCCAUUUUUCUUUCCAGGCUCAGGAGUUAGUUCAGGGAUGCCAGACUCCUUGUUACUUAGGGUUUUUUGGAAUAUAUUUUCAGCAGCUGCCUUUCUCAAAGCUUUGGUCCUUUCCCAGAUGAGGCCUUUUUGGAAGCCACUGACUUAACAGGGCCUGAAUUCUCGGUCUUGAUAGUUCCUGUCACUGCCUUCUUUAUAAAAAGGCUCCUGAGGUAGGAGUGUUGAUAAGGUCUUGUAAGCUACACCAAGAACUCAGCUGUGCCUGUGUCUGUGCCUACUGGGAUCUCUUUUCUUACCCAGGACUCCUUUCUGUUCCUUGAAUAUUAUGUUCAUUUUAAUGCUUCCUGGUUCCAAGAGGGGUGUGCCUCCAUGAUCUUAAUACCUCUGGUGUUGGCCAGGCAUUUGUUUUGCUUUCUAACCCCACUAAACUCUGUUCAGGAAGUAGGGGGACCAGCUCCACUGGGACCCAUAGUUUUGCUUCCUUGUCAUUUAACUGGACCGUUUUCUAGGAAGCCCCCUCUAGACUGGCACUGUCUCAGAAAAGGAGAGCUUCAUGUGGAUAGUGCUUUCUGAAACUUCUGGAACUGAGUUGGCAAAGGUGUUUGCUAGAGAUUUGGAAGCUUGAGACUUUGGAGUGGGAUCCUGUUUGACAUCCUAAAGAAGCAAGUCUGUUUGUUUUCCAGGAAAGAUGUCAUGGCCUGGCUGCAGAAGACAGAUGACUCUGUCGUCUGUAUUCAGAUGAUGAAAAGUAGUGUGAGGGAUGGGGGUAUAGCUCAGUGAUGAAGCACUUGCCUGGCAUGUGUAAGGCCCUAGGCUCAGUCACUGGGUACUAGGGAAGGAGGUGGGAACGAGUUUGAACCUCAUCAGACAUCCGUCCCUGUGGCUGUUGCCCUUGGUAAAAAGUGAGAUCUGCAAUCUGAGAUCUCAUCUUUCUUUGCUGCUGCUGCUGCUGCUGUAUCUUUAUGAUCUGGCCCCUUCUGUUUAAGGAUUCUGUUUCAGAGAGUUUCUUAAGUAACUCCAGCAUUAUAAAAGAGCUAGUAAUAUAAACAGUGUGAAAUUUCUCAUUCCACCCAAGAGUUAGAUUUCCUUUGGAGACGGACUGACUGGUUUCAAGGUUUCCAUUGGGAUCAAUUGUUUUCAAAAGUUAAAACCUGGAGUAACCCCAGGAAUCUUGAGUUAAAUGAGUUCCUCUCAUGGCCCAUCCUAUUUAAAAGUCUCAUGUUUGUUUCUCAUGUGUUUCUUAUAUUCUUCUGCUUCAGGUACAUGACCAAGGUCAUCCAAACAGAAGACACACAGAAUCACUAAACCUUUACCUAGAUCUUCUCCCCUGCUCCCACGGUCUCCUCUUGGUCUUUGUGUGUGCCCUGGAAGCUAGUCUGGAAAUGGCCUUAUUUUUGAAGAUAGGGAAACAGAACUGGGGUAGGUGGCUAUUUGCCUUAUUAGAUGGUAUAUAUAGGCUCAGCCCAGAAAAUGGAUUCUUCACAGGGCAUCAUCUGUGGCUAUAUUCUCUUAUAAGGAAGACCAUAGAGGCUGAAGAGUUCACAAAGAUAUUCAAUUCUGUUUGCCUCACUCUGAUUUUUAUGAUCUGGCCCACAGAUGAUUUUUAUCAUCUGUGUUGUUGUUGUUGUUGUUGUUGGGGUUUGUUGUUGUUUUGAGAUAGUCUCACUCUGUAACCCUCGCUGGCCUCAAACUCAUGGCAGUCCUCCUGCCGUGGUCUUCUGAGGCAUGUACUACCAUGCCUGCCUGGCUCUUAAUUGGAUCUCUUUAGCAAAAGAUUCAGGUAUCUGUACCUUGUCUUAUGUCUAGGGCAGAGUCCAUUAGGCAGAAAGCUGGACUCACAUUCAUGGGCCCCAAGUCAUAACCUGCUGAUUUUCAGCAAAGCCUUGCUCUCUGCAGAGCUUCCUAUGGCUGGUACUUACAGAGUACUCUGUAAAACCAUAGUGAAGAGACCCGUUGCAAAUAGGAAGGGAACCACAUGGUUUCUAAGGUAGGUCGCACUGUGUCUGGCCGUGGUGAGGUAUUUGACUGUGAGUUGCAGAUGGUAUCUGUUCCCUAUUCUAUGGAGACUGCUCUGUCAUCAACCAUUAAAAAAACAACCCGAAGUAGAAGUAGGGAUAUAAGUCAGUGGCAGGACACUUGAUUAGCUAGGGUGUACCCAGCUCUGGGUACUGUCAAAUCCCCAGUACAGGGGGCUUGUGGGGAAUGUGGAAUAAAGCGAGAAGGUAGCCCAGGACUUCUGCCUAGGUUCUGUCCUGUUAGAACCAAAUCAUUGUUCCAUCUAACUUUGAAAUCAGAGCAAAUCUUGUAUUCCAACUCUUAGAUGCAUCCUAGCUACCAGGAGGCAAGAAGAAGGCUGAUUAUCUCUAGGUAUGUGGCCCUGGUCCAUGGGGACACAUACCGCUUAUCUGCAAUGAAAUGUGUACUACUUCAAGGUCUUCUUGCUUUCUUGGUGGAAACAUUGUUUCCUUUUUCUUGUUAAACAAAAUUCCUCUAGGCCACCUCCCCUCUGCCAUUCUCACUCCUCAUGUUCCCCUCCCAUGAGAGCACAGCUCCCAUGGCCACACACUCCUGCAAAGCUUUUUUUUUGCUGCUUGGCUUUUCUCUGAACAGAUCUGAAAUUGCUGCUCCUGUGGUUUCCUCAGAAUUAACUUUGUCAUGUUUUAAAAAAAAAUCAGAAUGCAUUAUUGCAUUAAGCUUUUUUAAUAAAGGAAAAUUAUGGAAAGAAAAUAGGUAACACCAGCAAAUUAUAUAUUGACAAGUCUAAACUAUAUAUAUAUAUAUAUAUAUAUACAUAUAUACAGAUCUAUAUAAAUAAUCAUCUAGUUCUUCCUGUCAUCUUACUGAAAGGAACAAGACCUCUAAGGAUCACCAGUUCUGAGAAGCUCUUGGAAAUUUUAUGUCUAAGUGAUUGUAUUAGAUCAGCAAUAAUGACUAUGUAAUCUCAAAAAAUAAAUAAAAUAUUCUUAAAACUGA